UGUGUGUGUGUGUUACGCGCUAGAGCGGUUAAAUAGUCCGUUUGGUGCCACUGAGUCCCCAUUAUUAGCCCUCGGUAGCGCAGUACAGACUCUCUCUCCCGGUCGGUUCCCUCAGUGUCGCUGAUAAUAAUAACGAUGAUGACGAAGAACACAGCGGGAAACCCCGCGCUUAGGGAGCUGGUGGAUAUGAACGGGGAGGAGGACUCCGAGGCGGAAUCGUACCAGGACGGCAGGACCGAGGGGGUGGACCAGGAGACCAGGAGCCGAGCUUUCACCUGGUGUCAGAGCUUCCUGUCCGGGGCGUGGAAGAGCAUCAGUCUGGGGGAGUUUGAGAUCAGCAUCGUCAGUGGUGGACUCAGCAACAUGCUCUACAAGUGCAAUCUACCCGAUCACGUGACUCCAGAAGGGGUUGAGCCAUCCUGCGUGCUGCUGCGAAUCUACGGGGCUAUUUUACAAGGAGUGGACUCCUUGGUCUCAGAGAGUGUGAUGUUUGCCAUUCUAGCAGAGAGAAAGUUGGGUCCUACGCUCUAUGGCAUCUUCCCAGAGGGACGUUUAGAAGAGUAUAUUCCUAGUAAGCGCCUGUGCACUGAGCACUUGCAGCUCCCGGACAUCUCGGCUGAAGUAGCAGUUAAGUUGGCCCGAUUCCAUCGCAUGAUCAUGCCCUUUAACAAGGAACCCAAAUGGCUGUUUUCCACGAUGGAGAGGUACAUGGAGCAAAUCAGCAAUAUUACAUUUGUACGGGAAGCGCACGUCAAAAAGUUCAAGAAGCUGAUGAAGUAUGAUCUUCAGGGUGAACUGGCAAAUCUGAGAGCGCUGCUGGAAGCGACUCCUUCACCUGUUGUCUUCUGUCACAAUGAUGUACAAGAAGGUAAUAUCCUGAUGUUGGAAGGUCGAGAACAGGAUUUCUCUGAUAAACUGAUGCUUAUCGACUUCGAAUACAGCAGCUACAACUUCAGGGGCUUUGAUUUUGGGAACCAUUUCUGUGAGUGGGUGUAUAACUACACAUAUGACAAGUGGCCUUUUUUUAAGGCAAACCUGGAAAACUACCCAAGCAGAGAACAGCAGCUACACUUCUUCAAAAACUACUUGUCCGAGAGUGAAGACACUGUGUGUAAAGACCAAGCGGCCAUGGAACAGAUGAUCGUUGAAGCAAACAGAUUUGCCCUUGCAUCUCAUUUCUUCUGGGGACUGUGGUCCAUCAUUCAAGCCAGGAUUUCCAACAUUGAAUUUGGAUACAUGGAUUAUGCCCAGCACAGGUUUGAUUCAUACUUCAAGCAGAAAAAGCUUUUUGCCUAAUCAACUGUAGGAGAAGGCUUCAGGAUGGAUCAGACCUCAGAGGAACAUAUUUUCAUCCCACCCCCACCCCCGCUUUUUACUAUUUUACUAGUGACAUAGUGAAAAUUACAUGAACGGUUCAAAUGUGAACAUAUGGCACAAAUCUCCAGGCAUACAGCAAUAUCCAUAGGCAGAUAUGGCACAUAUUCUUUUAUCUAAUCUAAUCCAAGCACUUGAGUACAGUAUUCAGUACUUAUUAUUUAUUGCAACUUUCUGUGUUUUGUUAUUUUUUUCUUUUUUUGAAUUCAUGAGAGCAAGUUUGUGUAUAGCUGCACAAUUCAGUGUGUACAUGAGGGUCCACACUAGUUCUCCUUAAUAUUAUUUCCAUAUAUCAUAUAAUACUGUACACUUUGGCAAACAUCUCCUGCUAAUUUCCUUCUAAACAAGUAUAAAGAGGUGCAUAGUUGUAUUUUUCAAUUGAUGUGUGGUCUGAGAUAAUACAAGGACCAUGCACACAGUUUGGUUAGAGGAGGCACAGGAGGCCUCAGUGGUUGUGGAUCCAGAAGAGGGAUCCAUGGACCAGUGCGGCACUAGGACACAAGUCAGGGGUGUUCAUCACUGAAUAUAUGUCCUAAUAGCACUAGUGAGUGUAACAUGUUAUAGCUUGUUUUGUUUUAUCCAGUAACAAAAAAAAAAAAAAAAAGCAAAAAGAGGAAUUUCUUGGCUUUUAGCUGUAGGGGACUGAGACUGCAGCUGAAUUAUACUCUCAUACCGGUGUUGCUGGUCAGUUAGUUAUGAAACUCGUUAACUGUUAACAUGCAUAGUCCAGUGGCGGCUGGUUAAUAUGGGGCGCUGGGGCCCAUCCUCUUAUAAUUAUUAGAGAAAAAAAAGAUUGCUUAAACAUGUAAAUAAACAUGUUAAACAAAUAUUAAUGACUAGAUGUGCCCAAGUGGAAAUUUAUUAAAUAAAUAAAUGUACAACGUCAUCUGUUGAAUGUUGAAACUAAAAAAAUUUCGUCUUACCGUAAGAUGUAAGAUUUCACUUAUUAAGUAGAUUUCAAUUGCACACUCGUAAGCGCCUAUAAUUUUUUUUUAUGGUCGAUUUUCUUUUUUUUU